AUAUUCCAAGCCCAGGGGCAAAUAUGACAAAUCACAUAUGGUGAGUUGGAGACAGUUCCUUUCCUCUAUGCAUCAAACUUUUCCGCAAUCGUAACUGUAACCACAAGUGAAGAAUCCCUUUGACUCUAUCGUACGGUAGACAGAACUAAUAAAGAAGGUUCGAGAAUUUUGCUUGAUGGGCGGGGGCGGAGGCGGAGCGACGGCGCUCGCAGAGGCGCAGUAUUCGUCGGCGAAGACGUCGGUGUGGUGGGACAUUGAAAACUGCCAUGUUCCGAAAGGGUGCGAUCCCCACGCCAUUGCGCAGAACAUUAGCUCCGCACUCGUUCGCAUGAACUACUGUGGCCCCGUUUCCAUCUCCGCCUACGGCGACACCACUCGCAUCACUGCCUCCGUUCAACACGCUCUCUCCAGCACCGGCAUAUCCCUCAACCAUGUCCCCGCCGGCGUCAAAGAUGCAAGUGACAAAAAGAUUCUUGUUGACAUGCUAUUCUGGGCAGUGGACAAUCCUGCACCUGCUAAUUACUUAUUAAUUUCUGGUGACCGAGACUUCUCCAAUGCACUUCAUCAAUUGCGGCUGAGGAGGUAUAAUAUUCUUCUUGCACAACCUCAAAACGCUUCUGCACCCUUAGUUGCAGCUGCUAAGAGUGUAUGGCUUUGGACUAGUCUUUUAGCUGGAGGACCUCCUCUUAUGAAUGGCGAAUCACAACAACUUGGUAAUAAUAGCAUCCAAUCAUCUUCUGACACCUUAUCAAUUCCAGUCUCUAAUGCUGUUCAGAUACCGCAGCACGUGGAUUCCUUCUCAGAAGUUUAUACAGGAAAUCAGAAAUUUCCAAACACCGGAAGGCAAUUUGAUUCUAGACAAAAUGGGAAAACGACUGGGAGAAAUUCAGGUAAACCAAAUGGACCCAAGGCCAUGCAUGCUGCCCCUAUUGGACUUCAAGAAAAUUGUGCCAAUAUAAACUCUUCACGACCUGGCAACUAUAGCCCUAAUGUUCCCCCAAGUGGAUCUUCCCUAAAUUUUAUUCAUAGCAACCCUGAUCAGUUGUGGGGAAAUAAUGGUAAUCUACAGAGCAAUCAUCAAAAUUCCUAUUCACAGCCAGUAAGAUCAAACAGUUUUCCUUUGCAACCUCCUUUGGCAUCAAGUAAUUCAUUUUCUUCAAUUUCCCAAACUUUUGCAACUUCAAUAGUGCCACAUAGGACUGGUGGACCCAUCCUCUCUGCAGGACCACUUACAAAUGCACCACCAGAUAUUGGCAAUCUGAACAUUUCUGGAUAUCCUAGUAAUGCUUCCUAUCCUCACCCUGUUAAACAAAGGAAUAGAGACUCUAAAAAGAGUUCUAACAGUAAUGGUUUAAAUCCUGUAAGGUCAACUGACGAACAAAAUGGACAUAUGGUACAUAGUGUACAGCAAUUGUAUAAUGGCUAUCCGCAUGGUCCAGAAUACCAACCGUCUUCAUUGGCAUCGAUGGGUAGUAAUAACCUUCCUGGAAAUGAUAUGUGGGGAUCUUCAGGAUGCACUAAACCUUCUGAAUACAUCCAAGGUCUAAUAGGGGUUGUUUUACUUGCUUUGAACACACUAAAAACUGAACAAAUUAUGCCAACUGAAUCGAAUAUAACAGAUUGCAUUCGAUAUGGAGAUCCCAAGCACCGCAACACUGACAUCAAGAAGGCCCUGGACAGUGCUAUUGAGCAGCAGAUGGUGGUUAAGCAGAAUGUAGGUGCUUUGCAGUUGUAUGUUGGUAAGAAUGAUAAGGUUUGGAAGUGUGUAAACCCAAUAGGUGGAAAUCCUAAGCAGCACUCACAAGAAACAUGGAAUGAAAUUAAAAAAUUUCUAAGUACUCCUUCUGGAAGAUCAGCGAUAAUGGGUACUCUGUGCAAGUAUGAAGCAGGUAUUGUGAUUAAGAAUAUGUGCUUGAAAAAUCAUUCUUUAGGUGAUGUCCUUCAAAUUUUGAACAUGGUGAUUACCCUUAAAAAAUGGAUGGUGCAUCAUCAGUCAGGCUGGCAACCACUUAACAUCAUUCUUGCUGAGGACAAUUCUGAUUCAGAGGUCAUAGCAUGCCCAUAACUGCAAUAGGCAUGCUGUGAAACUCAAAAUGUUACUGUCACUGAAUAUAUAUUAACAGCCAGUUGGACCAGGAAAUUAGAAAUUAUUUAAAUAAACCGCUUUUUUUAGGUAGGUAGUAACGAUGAACUAUAGUAUGAUUAGUACCUUGAAUGCUACAUCUUAUUAUUAUGAUUAUUGGCAAGAUUCUUCUGUUCUGUUCAAGGGAGAAAGAAAGUAGCUUUUGGACAAUAUAUGAAACUUGAAACAUACAGAACCCUAAAGUCUCUUUUGGUUGCUGUGGUUCCAAAUUCUCAUCCUCUAUGGACUUGUUAUCCAUCAUAGUGGAUCUAUCUUGGAAUCGGAAUCCCUUCCUCUGUAAACUCUGGCUUCCGCUCAUGUUCUGCCUACCAAAACAUUUGAGUUUUGCUUUGAGAUUGACUUAUUUGACUGAACUCCUUGGAUCAUUUGACUUAAGCCUCGUAAAUAGCAUCGAGGAUAUUGGCCAAGUAUGCAUUGCUGGCAGUAAAAGUUGGGUGAUAAUCCAGUGUUUUUCCUGUAUCACUAGAGAAAUGGUCUACCAAAUCAUAUUGUUCCGGAGAAUGUGGAAUGCAAUCCAGUAGCUUCUUGUGUGCCCUACAUUUUAUUGGUUAUAUCUUCAAAAUGUUGCAGGACUUUUAACUACCGGUCAAGCAACACUUAAAUUGCUAAAGAUUGAAGGAAACUGUACUCUUUAAGAUCCUCCCUGAAGCUCAUGGUUUACUACAUUGACACAUGCAACAAGUGUGUUUCUGGGGGAUUUUCAGUGUGAACAAUCACGUAAAUGGAGUAUUUAGAAAUGAUCAUAGAUCGUGGAACCAAAAGGUCAUCUUUUGCAGUGAUGGUGCUUAUGGAGCUGUGAUGUUUAAUGUUUUAUUAUUUAUUAUCAAAUUAGAAUCGGGAAUUUGGGUCAUUCAGUCGGGAAUUGGUCUUCCGGCCCUGCAGCCUUCUAUUUCCUGUAGUGUUAGUAACUUUUGUGUAUAAACCCAGUACAUCAUAUCUGUCUGAAUAAAUACACUGUAUAAUGUAAAUAGUUUAAGGGUAUGCUAAUCGCAUUUGAAAUUUACUUGCAACUUUUUUUUUUUGUUGGAAGUUAAUCUUGUUUGUUGCAUAAAUAGAACCUUGAAUAACGAUCAAAUCGUCUUCUUUAAUACAAAUUUUCUUGUCUUUC